AUGCGUGCUUUUCUGGUAAAAUUGCACUACGGUCUGCGAGACCUUUCCUACAUCGAAUUGGGGGAAUGCGGAUCCAAGCAAGGUAGUGUACAUCAUCACCAAGGAAGAACGCGAAAACGAAGAACGACCGAGUUUUACGUGGAAUGGUUCGAUGUGGAUGAGCAUGGGUUGACAUGCAUUCCAAUGCUGGGGAAUGCGGAUCCAAGCAAGGUAGUGUACAUCAUCACCAAGGAAGAACGCGAAAACGAAGAACGACCGAGUUUUACGUGGAAUGGUUCGAUGUGGAUGAGCAUGGAUGUCCACAAAUUAGAGGAUGGUGUUAAACUUGGAGCACCGUGUUCGAGACAACAAAGCUUGCAUAAGGUUUUUUCUUUAGGAGAAGAUAUUCGCAGGAGUGGCGCAUUCGUGCUGGAACCGGAUGAAAAACGUGACUUCCGGUUCGACGUGACAGUCAAAAUCAACCGUGAAAUUGUCCCGUCUCAUUUGAAGCGAUCCGUGUUAUUGAUGCAUGGAGAUAUCAUUGAGUUAUUUCUCCAAGACAUCCUUCUUGGCGAACUGUCCCAAGAAUUGGAAUUCGCUGCAAUUUCUGGAGCUAACAUUGAUGAAGUGAAAUCUGUGCUGGAGUGCCUUUUCUAUGCUCAAACGUGUCUUAAAGAAUUGUGGAUUCGGGUGUACAAUGCAUCGAAACCUGCAUUUGAGGAAAUCAUCGAAGUGUUGAUGAGAUUCAAACGUCUGGAAGAAGUCUUGUUCGUGUAUACGCCUUGUCCCCCUUCCAAAAGGAGCUUCGACAAUGAUGACGACUCCGAUGACGCCUUAGACAGCGAUUACACAAUGAUGGAAUACCCCCUGAGAACGUUUCAGCGAGUGAUGCGGGAAUUCGCGCAUCCAGGAUGUUGCUGGAAACAAGCAACUUUGCUUUAUGAUGGUCCUUAUAUUAAGGAAUAUUUUACCUACAGUUUCACACUGCGAAUGGAAACAGAAUUCUCGUCAUUUGCUGUAACGAAAUUCUUCUCUGAUUGGUUCAGGCAUGUUAUGGAUGGAAAUGGAGGUUCUGAGUUCGGGGCAGCUGACUUGAUUUCAGCUCUUUUUCCCAAACAAACGGAAUAA